UCCAAACCCGAUCCGAAACUGUCUGUGGUCGGUUUCCUCCCGCGUAAGAAAACUAAUUGCGUUCAAAUUUGGCUUCCUUCCCAAGCAAAUCGCUUUAUAUACGCAACGCGCUGGAGAUAUCUCCGGCGUAACGAAAUCGAAAUCGAAAUUCAUUCUGAUACGAUUUUUCCGGCGAAAAUAAUUGAAAUAGGAAGAAUUCAAUCGAUCCGAAACGAUUUCUCCCGCAAAAAGUAAUACGAUUUCUCCGAGCGCAAGAGGAAUUCUCCGGUGGAAGAGAUGGGCGGCGGAACAGAAUUUUUUCCGGAUUUAGGAAGGCAUUGCCAGAAACCAGAUUGCCAUCAACUCGAUUUCCUCCCCUUCACCUGCGACGGCUGUCAAAAGGAUUUUUGUGUAGAACACCGGUCAGCCAAAUCGCACGAGUGUCCGAAACCCGACGCCGGCAGCCGUAAAGUGGUGGUCUGCGAGACUUGCUCGGUCGCGAUCGAGACGACGGGAGUCGAUGGAGAGGAUGAGCAGAAGCUUCUGGAGAGGCACGAGAAGUCCGGCGAGUGCGAUCCGAGGAAGAAGAUGAAGCCGGCAUGCCCCGUGCGGCGCUGCAAGGAGGUUCUGACGUUCUCCAACACGGCGACGUGCAAAACUUGCCGAGUUAAAAUCUGCUUGAAGCAUAGGUUUCCGGCAGAUCACGCCUGCAACCAGCUGAGAUUGCCGUCACCGGCAUCGGCAUCUUAUAACAAGUUUUUGGCUGCGAGGACUGUCAAAGAUUGUGGGAACAAGACUUUUAUUUCCAGUUCUCGGCCUAGUGUUGAAGUUAAAGCAUGUUGAUUUUAUUCCACAAAAUAUUUUGUCAAUUUCCUUAUUUUUUAUUUUUGUACUCCAUCCGUCCACGAGAAAGAGUUUCAUUUGAGACUCGACACGAGUUUUAAGAAAGUUGUUAAAGUAGAUGUAAGUGGAGAGAGAAAUAAAUUUAUAGGGGUAUUGCUAAUGACACAAUUAUUCCAUUUACUUA